AUGGCCUCCAAGAGCCAUCAUCUUCAGCGAAGGCAAUGGGCGGAAGGGCGUGACGAGCCUCGGCUGGCCAUCCAAGACCGUGUAGGCAUCUUGUCUAGGACUCUCAGCUCGAGCUCCAGCAUCAGAUGGAUCCUCCCUGCCCGUAUUCGUUCUCCUUCCAAUAACGAUGUGGUCUUUGUUGGCCCAACUUUCGUCCAGCUUCACGAAUUCAAAGACAGUGGACAAUUGGUUGUCUUGACUGCAAAGCUAGACUUUGGCACAACAAUCACUGAUGCUAGAAUCAUAUCGGCAGAGUUGAAGUCUGUUCCAAUUGUCGAUGCGAUAUUGAAACAAGAGCGGGAUCAAGAGCAGUUCAGUAUUCGUGGUCAACCCGUAAACGAGACAGAGCCGCCACAGAUUCUUGUUCUCAUCACCAAAGACAACGAGUUAAUCUACGUCUAUGCAAGGAAAGAUGUCGUUGGAGACGUCAAACUCAUCUUCGCAAAAAGACCCUUUUUGGGAGGAGUGGAUCUGCCUUCCAGAGAAUGUCGAGAUAUCGCAGUUGAUCCCGAAUCCCGUGCCCUAGCCGUUGCUUCACCAUCGGGCUACUUUGGAGUCUUCAAGCUACAUGACGUGGAUAAGAUCAAAUCCGAGAUUGAUAUAUGGGAUCCCCUUAACCCCACCUCUUUCCGUCCCUCCGAAGAGCAACGAUUCAUUCAAGUUGCUGGCAAGAUUCUUUUGAUGACCUUUUUACGCAGCCCAGAAGCCGAUCCCACCAAGGUCAUUCUGCUCCUGCUGGUCUACUCUGGAGAGGCGGAACAGGGAACGCAUCAAUACAUCUACAGAUGGGACACUCGUCAAUCCCUGCAGACGAUACAGCCAAUGACCUGUAGUGGACGCAGGUUGAGAGAAGAUGAGUUACCCUUGAUGCUCAUUCCGUCGACGCGACCUUUCUCGUACAUCGUUGUCAUGGCAUCUGGCAUCAGUUACUAUGAGAAUGUCCAAUCUUCUCAAAUGAAACGAGUCUACUGUCGAUGCAUGGAUAACAUAAACACAAGUCUGCAGUGGGUCCAAUGGGUAAGACCUAGACGCCACAACCAGUACCUCGAGCGGUGCGAUGAUAUUGUCAUUCUGCGAGAAGAUGGACUCUUGAAGAAUUUUCUCAUCGACAAAGCAUCCAGCACCAAAUUCAGCACCAACAACACCAUUGGGCAUCUUGGUUUCAGCGUUGACACGGCAUUCUGCAUGCUGUCGGGCCCCCCCAGAACAGGCGGCGAUAUCAUCAUAGUGGGUGGAAGCUUGACAGACGGAGGCGUCUUCCACGUAUCAGCAAGAGGAUCGCCGGAACGCAUUCAGCGUAUUGAAACACUCGCACCACUGAAUGAUAUUGCCCUCGGACCUCCGAUAGCCAUCGAUUCUCAAGACCCUUCCAUGUGGCAAGGCAUACCAGGCAGGCUCUAUGCGUGUUCAGGUCCUUGUGAUAGGCAUGGUCAAGUGUCUGAAAUUCGGUACGGCUUAGAAGCGCAAAUCGGUUGGGAAAUGUCGUUUCCGGAGGCUGCUUUGGUAGAGCGGCUGUUCAGCUUGGAGAUACCGGAUGCCAACGAACUACUGCUACUAGCUUCUCAUACAACCAACUCGUCGAUGGUCGCUUUCGAGUUAGAAACUCAAGACAUCUCACUUACGGAUACAGAGAGCCACCCUGGAUUCGAUUUCGACCACCCCACGCUUGCUGCGACGGUUAUUGGGAGGAACACCGUUGUACAGGUGACCACCCAUGGCGCGCACGCCAUAUUCAUUGACGCUGAUGGAGAAGCCAGAGAAUUGAGUCACCUCAAGUCCCGCAUCACACACUCAGCCUUCUUCGCCGAUGAUCAAGCCAUUGUCACCGCGAACCGCGUCAGCUCAGGUCAUGAACUCUGUGUGAUCGAUAUCGAGACCUCAGAGAAUGAGCUGAGUUGCUUCACAUGCCGUCCCUCUGUGAGACUGAGACACGUUCCCAAUGUGAUUUGCUGCAUCCCGGCACAGGCCUCGCAGCUGGUUCUAAUUGGGACGUCAACCGGAGAGAUAUUGGGAUAUAACGAAUCACUAGAACUUGCUUUUGAAUUCCGAGUUCAGGAUCUAAGUGCGAAAGUCGAGAAUUCCGCUGUGUCUUCCCUGGCCGCGCUAAAGCAGCCCACCACUGGCCCAACACUGCUGUUAUGUGGUCUGCGUUCCGGCACAGUCAUUUGUCUGGAACUUACUGUGAAUUCUGACGAUGCUUCCAAAACAGCCUUGAAAUGUGACGACGUGUAUCGCGUUGGGGCAACUUCUGUCCAGAUUGUCGAAGAAAAGAGUGAGACCGGCAAUCCGCAUUAUCCAUCUGCACUUGUGCUUUGCGAAUACACGCUUCAUCGAAUAACACUCCAUCCUAAUUCCGCCGUGGUCGACUACACUAUGUCUCCUUUGUGGGUGACAGAUCGAACUAAGCCUUCGGCCCAGCCACUGGUCAAUGCUGUCCAUCGCAUCCCGAAGCUUGCAUCAGGAGACGAACAACCCGGAGGCUUCCUGAUAUGCGCUGUUGCAGAGGACUUGCUUUUCUGUUCCGUGAUUGCUCAGGAACACGGAAUAGCAAGGCACUUGAACCUCAAUGGCACCCCCAAGCGUGUAAUCUACUCGCGGUUCCUCCAGCGGUUUGUCGUGGCAUUCUCCAAAGAAGGCAGUCCUGUUGAAAUGCGAACAAGAAGGCACACAGGGGUGACUCAGACCCAGAGCGGAAAGGACAUUUCCAGUCCUCCCUUAGAUAAGGUUCAGAGAGUCGGACUACAGCUCAUCACCCCGAAUUUACAAUAUCCUAAAUCGAAGGAUUCAGAGUACAGCACCUUUUCAACAAUCGUGACCGGAGACGACAGCGAUAUUAUCCACGAUCUCAUUGAUUGGGCACCGACAGAUGGCAACAAUCACUACGAAUGGCUGGUACUUGCUUUGGAGCAAGCGAGCACUGCACCGAGUGCGCGCGGGCCUGGGCGCGUUGUCUGUGUUAACGCCAAAAGCCUGGGCAAGGGCAAACCUGAUGCCACCCCUAAACUUGCAUUCAGCAGCCGUGAGCCUAUCACUGCGAUAUGUGCGUACAAGAUGUCGUCUCUCCUGAUUGCUGCCGGCAAAGAAAUUGUGUUACAUCACCUGGAUUGGUCCACACGCCGAUGGAAGACGUUGGCAAGGCACGCUCUCCCGUCAUAUGCGAACGCUAUCUCCUGUCAAGGCUCGCUCAUCUGCGUAGCCACACAACAACAUUCGUUAUUCGUGCUCGUGGAGAAGGAAAAUGCACUGCACCAUCAUAAGUGUGACACCAAACUGAGAUAUGCCAAGGACAUUGUCGUCCUGGAUGGUUCCACCGCCGUUUUUGCCUCUGCCGACGUUGGAGGCACGGACAUCAUUGGCUUCUCCGGGUUGACCGAGGGAACCACAAAUACAGUCCCUGCCUUUCAUGCAACGGUUCCAGGUCACAUCCACCGCUUCCGACUUGAUACAUCACAGGGACUCCGAAAGACAGACCGAACUCGCUUCUACGGCUGCACUCUUGAUGGUACCAUUUUCCAUUUUGCACUUCUAAAGCAUAAUGAAUGGAAACUACUUCACUUCAUAGAAGAAAUGAGCCAUAUGAUCAGGAAACCGAUCAAACCGGUGCCCAUUAAGAAAAGAGACACGGACAACAAGGCGUAUCUUUGGAAACCCCCAGCUUUCCGGCCGAGAGAUAUGCAUGUCCAGGGAGACCGACUCCUCAUGAUGAUCGACCAAGGGCCAUACAACCUUAGCAAUGUCCUCAGAGGGUCAGAGAUGUUGGACAGUUUCAAUGCUUUGGUAAAGGAGACUUUGGGGGACACGGAGGAGCCCGUGGAUGCCGUGAUUGCUUGGAUAAGGAAGCUGAUGAGGUAUCCACCAAGAUCUUGA